AAAGACGUGAACAAGCAAAAUCAAACAAACCUCAUUAUUGCUCGAAUAAAUGGAACUACACCAUUAAUUCGUACUACAAACACUCCAAAUAUAAACACUUUUGAUGGACAAUGGCCAUCAGUUCUCAAUCAUUUUAAAAAGAAAAAGGACCAGACUCAACAUGAUUUGGAAUGGGAAGAAUUGUUUUUAAGAAUCAAUCAUUCUUUAUUUUCACGAUGGAAGAAAUUUCAUCAAUUAAUUGUUUUAUUAUUCGAAAAAUCAGCAUUAAAAAAGAUUCCAGUUGAUUUUGCAAUUCAACAAUUAAACG